AUGAGCAGCAAUAUAUCUAAUAAUAAUGUAAUUGAAAGAGCUGUUGACAUAAACACUAUUGCAGAGCCAUCCUCAAAGAAGAGAGAUAAAGAAGUAAAGGAUUGGGAUUAUUUAAAUUUAAACAUUGAAUAUCCACAUUAUGAUUUACCAACUGAAAUUGAAGAUCUAUUUAGUAUACUAUUAGAGACUAGUUCGUUAAAUGAGUAUAAAAAAUGUCUUCAUAAUGCCACUUUUGACUGUGAAAAUGAUAUAGAGAUGAUAUUUGUAACAGAUGUUUUAUUAUGGUUUGCAAAAAACAUACUCAGCACUACAUUGACUUUCCAUAGUAUAACAAAUAAGGAUGAAGCAUUGUUAGGAUCACUUAUGAUUCAUCCUGUACUACAAUACCUUGAUAUGCAAUCUGAGCUUGAUGCUGAAAAAGCUGAUAUUGUACCAAGCAGUGGAAAUAAUAGCAUAAUAAUACGAGAAACACAGGAAAAUUAG